AUGAAAUUCCUACUGGUUAGUUUUGCUAUUGUGAUUUUUGGCGUAGAAUGGGCUGAGUGCUGUACUAGGACAUUACCUCCCACUGGAGUGAGUGGCGGCGGUGGAGGCGGUGGUGGGAGCACCGGUGGAGGCGGAACUGGGAAUGGGGGCGGCGGAGGUGGAACUACAACCGGUAAGAAUAUUUUAUUGCUGGUGUAGUAUUCGUCUGCGAUAAAGUUUAUAACUUUUUUAAGAAAUAACCAAUUUUCAGCUGCGCCACCAACGACGCCACCGACUACGACGCCGACGACGACCGCAGGUACGAAAUUUCCGGAUUGAUAAACACCACGUUGCACAUCAACCACAAACAGAAUGCCAAGAUUUUUGGCAUUCGGUUUUUUAAGGGUCUCUAAUGUUUUGGCUUACUGUGCAGUGGGUAAUGAACAAAAUAACAUGAACCUGCGAUUAAAACAUUGCCAAGGACCCAUAUUUUUUAAAUUAAUAGAUUUUGGCGUUCUUCGGCCACCAGGUUAGCGACAAACGGCCGGAGAAAAUCGAAUUUUUGCAAACUUUGCGGCCGAAUAACUUGUCUAAAACGAUUGAAACACGGAAAGUGAUUGCAACGAUCUUCAGAAUAUUGUAUUCUAAGGUAGUAUGCGAAGUUUGAAGCAAAUCGGACAGAUAAUAAAAAAGUAGAUGCGAUUUUAAGCUUUUUACCUUAUGGAUUAUAUUACUUUAGGCAACUUUUAAUGUCCGACAGCGUUAAAUAGUCUAAUUAAUUAACUAUAUUAUCUUAUAACAUCCCGCUAAGGGAGAUUAAUUGCAAAAAUUUUAACUCUUAGGCCGAAAAAAAGUUUUACCUUAUAGUAGCAUACCUGAUCUUAUACCAAAAAUAAUGAAAGUUUAUGACUGAAGUCAAAGUUUUAAGACUAUCUAUGUGAGUUGAGAUGGCUUUCUAAGGCUAUACUGAGCUUUUGGAGUUGGUUUCAACUUCGCUGCGCCAAUUUCAAAAAUGACCAAUAUCACCUAAAACAAGGUUCUUAGAACAGCUUCUAAACUGGUGCGGACGCCACUAAUUAUGCUCUUAUUGUCUUUUUAGGUCAUAGUGGACCUAGCUGAGUCAAAAUUUACCGAUUUUUAAAAUAUUAUUUUAGUCACCUAAAUAUCAGUUUUUUUGGAAUUUUGAGUGAGUAAGCUAGUAUAUGACACAGGGUUGCUUAUAGUUCUCUAAAACUACUCUAAUUAUGCUCACAGAAAAAAGAAUUUAGGCAAUUGCUUCGUUACGAAACGAUUUAGUAGCAAAAGAUGUCUAAAAUAAGGUUUUCAAAUCUACUACUACUACUAUUUUUUGGUCAGUCCGACUCGUUUCCAAUUUUUAAUUUGAGCUACCCUUGGGCACCCUAACAAAGUUAUGCAAACAGUUUUCCCGAUUUGAAACUUUUUUUUUUGUGGUUGAUGUGCGUUGGUCGUAGAAGGUUUUCAUGGAAGAGUGACCUUUAAUUUUUCUCGGGCAUACCUUAUACAUCAUAUCUUAACGGGUUUAUAUACUGUUUCACGUGCAGUAGGCAAACCCAAUUUUUUGCAGACGUUUCGCGUAUCUAGCCCUGCGAAUAAUGCGCUGAAAGUUUAAGUACAUGUAUUAUACGUAUAUACGCGUAUCCUAAAAAAUUAUAAAAACAAGUUUUAAACAGAAUUUCCGUUUUUCAAUCCAUAACUCUUGAAAAUACCCUACAUUCUACGACCUGUAACAUACAAAGUGGCGCGUGGUGCCCGUUCUUGGACUUCACCUGCAAAAAAAACGCAACUAAACUUUUCCAUUUUAGCUCCUCAAUGCGCCGCGGCGCCAGCCGGCUCCGUAGCCAUAGUCUUAGUCGAUGUACCGUUAAAUGACGCAUCUCCUCCUGGAGAUCCAGACAACACUUGCACUUGCAACGAAGGUACUCGUUAUAUCGCUAUGGGUGUGCCGGAAGACAAUCCAGACGACGCCGUUGCGGACAAUGAUCAAAUCACGAAUGUGAUUUGCGACCAGGCGACAGAUCUAUGCGUGUGCAAGAACGGGGAUUGCUGCACUGUAGGGGCUACUCCUCCCGACAAUGUGAAUUUAAUACCGCGCUGUGAGAAUAAUGGUAUGUAAAUGCUUUAUUUUUGAAACGAAUUUUUUAAAUUGCCAAAACUGGUGUUUGUUUUUAGUGUGCAGCGUCUACGUUGUCAUCAGCGGGGCCGAUGACGCGUCGUUGACUUGCUCAGGUACCACGUUUACGUUCGCGGGUGCCCAUGCUGCUGAUGGAAGUUCGUUGCCGUUCUCCUCGGGAGAAUAUGCGACUGCCGACGUCGUCAGAUGUGGCGGAUGCCCACAGCAACCAACCUGUCAACCAGCAACAUGA